AUGUCAGCGAAAGCCAUGCUGGAGAGUAUUCCUGUGAAGCCCAAAAUGAUGUUGGGAAAGGCCAAUCUCCUCGUCUGCAGCUCAAAGUGCAGUGUGACCUACAUCUGGUACAAGAACGGACAUCCUCUGUCUAACACAAGCCAGAACCUCCAGUUCUCAGCCAACAGUGAAGAUGCAGGCAGCUACUCCUGUGCUGCAACAAGCCACAAGGAUCUCCCUUCCUCUGCAAUAACUCUUGACGUCAGAUAUGCUCCCAAGAACACUUCUGUAUCAGUCAGUCCCUCUGCUGAAAUAGUGAAGGAUAAUUCAGUGACUCUGACCUGCAGCAGCAAUGCCAACCCACCAGUGCACAGCUACACCUGGUUUAAGGAUAAUAUAGCCCUACCCUCAGAGAGAUCACAGCAGACAUACACUAUAAGAUAUGCCAUGUCCUGGCACACUGGAGAUUACAGUCCAGACUUCAUCUGGUACAAGAACGGACAUCCUGUAUCCAACACCAAGCAGAUCCUCCAGUUCUCAGCCAGCAGUGCAGAUGCAGGCAGCUACUCCUGUGCUGUAACAUACCAUGAGGAUCUCCCUUCCUCUGCAGUGACUCUCAAUGUCAAAUAUUCUCCCAAGAACACCUCAGUGUCUGUCAGUCCCUCUGGUGAAAUAGUGGAAGGCAGUUCAGUGACUCUGACCUGCAGCAGCAAUGCCAACCCACUAGUGCAGAACUACACCUGGUUUAAGGAUAAUACAGGUGUAACCUCAGUGAGAAGAUCAGGGCAGAAUUACUCCAUCACUAACAUCAGCUCUGAGGACAGUGGACAGUACCACUGUGAGGCAAAGAACAACCUUGGAUCUGUGAACUCUACUGCUGUAUCUAUAGAUGUUCAGUAUAGCCCCAAAAGCGCUUCAGUGUCAGUCAGUCCCUCUGGUGAAAUAGUGGAGGGCAGUUCAGUGACUCUGAACUGCAGCAGCAAUGCCAACCCACCAGUGCAGAGCUACACCUGGUUUAAGAAGAAUGACACUGGAGUCUGGCAGACAGGAUCAGGACAGAGUUUAACCUUUGCUAACAUUAGAUCCUGGAACAGUGGACAGUACUACUGUGAGGCAAAGAACAAGAUUGGUGCUCAUAACUCUACUACUCAGAUGAUCAGAGUGCAAGGAAAAUGA